AAUAUUUUUACACAAAUAAAACAACUAAACUAGCUAUAAUCGAACAGUUUGAUAAGCUUUUAAUAGUCGCCGGAGAGUGGCAGUAGCCCCCUCGAAGAACACACAACACAAAUAGGGGCAAAAUGGAUCUCCUCGACUCCAUACUGAACGCCAUGGAUGCCCCUCCAUCGGCAAGUGAGCAGCAAAAGACGCUUAUCAAGAAGCAGCGGGAGCUGAUGGAGCGCAUGCAAAAUAAACAAAAGGAGGAGCUGUCGAGAUUCCGCAAGUAUGUGGACGAGCGAAUGGCCCGUUUUGCCAAGGACGAUCGGGUGUGCAUCGAGUUCCAGCCUCUGGAUAAAGUGCACCGAUCGGUCAUUCACGAAAUUGCGGAGAACGGUGGCUUUAUAGCGAUGAGCUUCGGCCAGGAGGAUGUCGAUCGCCAUUCGGUGGUGUACAAGAAGGAGCAUGCCCCCGGCGAGGAUGAGGUGACGGCGCGUCGCAAUGGCGAUGGCUGGAACAAGGAGAUAGCCAAAGAAUACGCAGAACAAAGAAAAGAGCGCCUGGCUCAAGAGCAAAGCAACAAAAGGGCUUCCACAGCAGCAGCAGCAGCAGAGGCGGGCUGCUCCACAGACCCAGAUAAUACAGCGGGCGAGGUGAAGCCCACGACCAAUUACAAAGCAAAGUAUGCCCAUCUGAUAGGGGAAUCGGCGGGCCUGCAGGCGGCAGGCAAAACAGAAACAAACCAAAGCUAUGGCUUUGUGCCCAGUAAGAACAAGAAGGACAUGCGCUCUAUCGAACAAACUCUUGCCGACAUACAGGCCAAGAAACGCCUAAAGCUCCAGCAACAGCAACAGGAGCAGCAACAGCAGCAGCAACUAGAAGAAGAGGCCUUAGAAGUCAGCCAGUCAACGACGGAGGACCCUCCUGCUGUUGAUCAUCAAUGAAAGCAAUACGAUUACGUUUUAGUUCUGUUGGUUUUGAUUAGUCACAUGCAAUGUCUCAUCGACUGCCAUGUAAUAAUAAGUAAUAAGCAAUGUAAUUUGUUGGCUGAUUAGGAUGCAAUAACUGAAUGUUUUUAACGUUGUAUAUCAAGUGCAGAGUGUCCAAUUCGCAUUAUCUAUUUAUAUAAUAAAAGCAACAUUUUUAACUGUA